AUGAGCCAACCAUUUGCCGGUCCCCCCACCUCCGCUACCAACUCGGUGCUCUUGGCUUCUGAGCCCAUGCCUGCUGGGACGCACCAAGUGCGCGGGGUGGAUUUCGAUCAAUUUCAAGGGCGUGAUAUCACAGUAGCUGAGCUGGUCGAUAAUUUAACCCACACUGGCUUCCAGGGCAGUGCGGUUGCCGAGGCCGCCCGCAUCAUCAACGAGAUGCGUGCUUUUCGACACCCUGAAACAGGCGACAAGACUACCAUCUUCCUCGGUUACACGUCCAAUUUGAUCUCGUCGGGCUUGCGGGAUACAUUACGAUACCUUGUUAAGCACAACCAUGUGUCGGCAAUUGUCACCACUGCCGGCGGGGUAGAAGAAGAUAUCAUCAAGUGCCUUGCUCCCACCUACCUUGGGUCAUUUGCGACACCGGGUGCAGGACUGCGGGCUAAAGGUCUCAAUCGCAUUGGCAAUCUACUAGUGCCCAAUAACAAUUACUGUGCGUUCGAAGAUUGGGUGGUGCCCAUUCUCGAUCACCGGGAUGGGGAGGAUGAAUUGCACUGGACGCCAAGCCGCAUUACCGAGCGAUUGGGUCGGGAGAUUGAUAACGAGGACUCGGUCCUUUACUGGGCUGCCCGGAACAAUAUCCCCGUCUUCUGCCCUGCGCUAACCGACGGAUCUCUUGGCGAUAUGCUCUACUUCCACACUUUCAAAUCCUCGCCCCAGCGGCUACGUGUGGACAUUGUAGAUGAUGUGCGGCGUAUCAACACCAUGGCUGUGCGGGCCGCCCGGGCCGGCAUGAUCAUUCUUGGUGGUGGAGUGGUUAAACACCACAUCGCUAACGCAUGUCUGAUGCGCAACGGAGCAGAGCAUGCCGUAUAUAUCAAUACGGCGCAGGAAUUCGACGGUAGUGAUGCUGGUGCCCGACCGGACGAGGCUGUCAGCUGGGGUAAGAUAAAGGCGGAUGCGCAAGCCGUGAAGGUCUAUGCGGAAGCUACGGUCGUCUUCCCUUUGAUCGUGGCAGCCUCGUUUGCGCGCUCUGCGCCUCUAGCAGGGCACUGA